GUCGAUGAGCAUGCUGUUGGCGCGCGUUUCUUAUCAGUUCUGAUGGACGCAUCCGCGCGCGCGCCGUCUAUAUCAGAUUUUAAUCUUAUCAAACCUAUAAGUAGAGGUGCUUUUGGUAAAGUGUUUCUGGCAACUAAAGCAAAUGACAAAAAAUUUUAUGCCAUUAAAAUCGUUUCCAAAGAGGAGAUGAAACGGAAGAAUCUUAUGGAUAAAGUAACCGCUGAGCGAAAUGCGUUGGCGGUUAGCAAGUGUCCCUAUAUUGUCCAUCUUUACUACUCCCUGCAGUCCCUUCGGCACAUUUACUUGGUUAUGGAAUACCUGAUCGGUGGGGAUCUGAAAACACUGUUGAUGGCCCUUGGAUACCUGAAGGACAUUCAUGCGGCUAUAUACACUGUCGAAAUCAGCAUUGCCCUAGAGUACCUUCACUCCCACGGCAUUAUACAUCGCGAUCUCAAGCCGGACAAUGUCCUAAUAACCGCUACAGGUCACUUGAAAUUGACUGAUUUUGGUUUGUCCACACUUUCUUGGAAUCGAUCCAUUCAACCCAGCGACGUUUUGAACACACCUUCGGUGUUGAAAGUGCCCAACGAGUAUUAUCGUACUCCUGGCCAAUUGAUCUCACUCACUACAGAUCUUUCAUUUACGGCUUCCUCUGAUCAUGACUACACCCCCGCCAUUCCCACCCAUGUGGAUUCUUCCGCGGAACCCAAACUGAUUAACCCAACCACGGACGCGGAUGGAGGCGAUGACGGAGACCAGUCCGUAUGCAGCCACACUAUUUGUUCUCCGGAGAUGCUAUCUAGCACUGAAAAAUUGGCGACAAACUUGGUCUUUCAGCUAGAUCAAGAUGCCAAGGAGCGACGGGAGUUGAGACAGCGCAUCUUGCAAGCCAUUCAGGCGAUUGAGACACAGAACCCUUCCACCAAGCUACAAACCGGGACGUUCCCGACUCUUUUUUUGCCAAGGCUCUGCGAAAGUGAGGGAUCCAUCAGUCUUUCAGAAAUCAUUCACCAGGAAUCGUUGCUGACCCUAACGGAAAUCUUUGCUGGAGCUGAUCAUGAGGAAGUCGAGGCUAUAAAGUCUUUCAUCUCCAAGUUUCCAGUGGCGCAUCUACUCCGCGUCGGUCUGCUCGUACGUCAACUUAGUUUGCCGGCAUUCAGCUCGCCACCCCUACACAUAGAUUCCGCUGACGCCACGGAUGAGAACUUUCAGCGUGGAGGCCGAUCGGGAAUCGGACCCCUUCGCCGAAGCAGAAGUUUUUCUCAACCGGAAUCACGAAAACCUUAUUCCCUUCGAAUUCGUCGGCGCGGGUACACUUUGCCAUGGUCACCAACGAUGAUUAAGAACCCCAUCACCAGUUCUCGCUCUGAUGACCUUCGACGUGCAGCACUACCACCACUACCCCAUUCGCCAAAGUCCAACGGUGAUCAAGAGCUGGAUGAUGAAAAGGAAAAUUUGGCAUUUGCUGCGGAAGAAUCGGAGAAUCAGGGCAGUAGUAUGGUGUGUUCAAGCAAUGGCACUCCGACAGUGACCCCCAAACGCACGGUACAUCAGACUGGCGCACGACGUUUGCGAUUCUCUCCACAGCUUGUACUAUCACCGGUGCGCAAAGACUUGGUCCAGUUACACCUGGAUCCAAAUUCACAACUAUCCUCAGGUUUCCACAG